AUGACAAUCCACCACAAUCGUCUAAGAUGUGCGUACUUCACCUCCAUGCACUCGCUGGCCCUGACCCUGGACCAUCAUGCGUACCUUAUGUUCCCUCCCCUCCUCCUCCUUACAACUCUUCCAUUUCUAGCUCUACAACGACCUCAUCCACAACGUUUUCCCACAAUCUCCCCUUCCAUCCAGCUCCUCCUCACAACCUACCAAACAUCCCUCCCAACAAUCCUCCUCAUCACCAGCCAGUAUGUCCUAGGCUACCUGAUCCUCGGCUUCGUCGCAACAUUUACCCCCGCAACAUCCUGCCUGCGCCACGCAACCGUAGCGCUAAUCUUCGCCCUCGCCAUCUCCAUCCAGAUCGCCGUGUCCCAUGGAGUCAGCCUGCCCGUCCCAAUCGCUCAAUACGGGACCGUUGCGAUCACUGCUUGGACGCAGGUGUUUAGUGCGAUUGAUAUCCUCCUUCUUAAACGGGUUACGUAUGAGGAGCAUGUCGCUUGGGUAAGUAAGCGAAACCAGGAUAGGGGCAGGGACAACAACGAGAAAGUGAAACCUAUUCGGGAUAGUGGGACAGGAAACAAGCAGGGGACACCGACACCGCGUCAAGGGUCUAUCUGGGAAGCAAUGUACUUCGCGAUCUGUCUGCCCAACAACACCCGCCUACUCGGCACAAAAUGGCAGAUCAGCUCCGUCUACAACUUCUACAACUUCUACAACUGCUCUGGUCCGAUCCCCCCGCCCUCCCGGGCAAAGUUCCUCCGCGUGCGAGCCUGCACGCUCAUAUCGAGCCUCCUCGUGGGCGCAGUAUGCCUCGUUUACAUGAUUGCUCCCUGCUCGAACUCGUCCUCAUCCUGGCUCCCAAUCCCAUCCCGAGCCACGCUCGCCACCGUCCUACAACAGACCCCCUCUGAGCUCCCCCACCCAGCCUCCUUGACGAAGCCGCCCGGUGUGCAAUUUUACCUCUAUGCACUAUUCAUCGGCUCGGUCUUCCUCCUGCACAAGGUUGGGUAUACCUUCUACUCCCUGGUCGCCGUGGGAUGCCACCUUUCUCCGCCGGAACAUUGGCCGCCGUUCUACGGGGCAGCGUCGGAGGCGUGGACAGUGCGGAGGUUUUGGGGGAAUUUCUGGCACCAAAUCUUCCGCUCCUUCCUGGACUCGAACGCCAACUUUAUUGUUUCUCUGCUGGGCCUGCGACGGCAGUCACUCGUCUGCCGGUACAUGCGAUAUACCAUCGGCUUCUUCAUCUCGGGUUUCCUCCACCUGACCCUCGACCAUGCCCUUGGCAUUCGGGGACCAGAGUUACUUGGAGCGAUGAUCGCAUACCUCCUGCAGCCGAUUGCGUUUGCUAUUGAGGAUCUGGUCGGUGUCAUUUUUCAAAAGUAUAGUAGUGGCAAAGCAGGCGAGACCAAAGACAGGGAAACGUUUAGGAGGAGGAGAAAGCUUAUAGGAUACAUCUGGGUGGCGGCGUUUAUAUUCUGGAGCUGGCGGUUCUGGGGUUUUAUUCUCUUGAAGCGGGUGCUUUUGGUCGAUGGCCAGGUAGGUGGGUAG